CACGCUUCGUCAGUAAACAAAAAAAAAAUAAUAAAACGUUUUCACUUUGAACAAAAAUCUUAAAAUAAAUGGAAAAUUUUUGGUUUAAGUGCUAAUAAAUAGGAAUAAGAUUAGUUGAACUCAAUAGUUAACAAAUCAUGAUUUACAAUCUGUAUAUUUUCGACAAAUUUGGCACCCUUCUGUACUACGGUGAAUGGAACCGGUUGAAGCAAUCCGGAAUCACCAAGGAUGAAGAAGCAAAGCUGAUGUACGGGAUGCUGUUUUCGUUGAAAUCUUUUGUUAACAAAAUUUCCCCCAUCGAUCCGAAGGAGGGAUUCCUUUACUACAAAACCAAUAAGUACGCACUGCACUACGUGGAGGUAUCCUCGGGGCUGAAGUUCGUGCUCAACACGGACAACACCGCUUCCGGCAUAAAGGAGUUCCUGCUGCAGCUGUACAGUAAGAUUUGGGUGGAAUACGUAGUCCGGAACCCGUUGUGGACAAUUGGAACUCCUGUGACCUCCGAGCUGUUCAAAACAAAGUUGGACGAGUUUGUAACCCAAUCGUCGCUCUUUGGAUCAAAGGUAGUAUAAAAACAGAAAUAUUUUCAUAAAAACAAACUCAAAACACAUUUCCAAUUUGUGGAUUUAAACUUUAUGUUUUUUUACGAAUAUAAGUAUUUUAUUGCUUUCAAAUUUGAUGGAAAACUAUCUAUCACUACAUAUAAGUUUUUCUUCUGACAUGGUUA